GACAGAGAGAGUGAGAGAGACAGAGGGAGAGAGGGAGGGAGAACUGCAAACUUUCCUCAAAGUUAUCUAGGCUUUCACUUUCCGCGAGGCGGGGUUACUGGCUGUGCAGCAUGGAGUGAGCGCGAGGGGACGGCGAGAGCGAUUUGCAAUGCAGCACCACAGCGAACUUUCAUCCAACUUUGUUACGAAUUCAAAUUUUCAUCUCUAAAAUUACCAUGUACUCCCCUUACUGCUUGACACAGCAUCCACCAUACGCAUACCCAACCCAACGGGCGAACCGACGUGUAGGCCUACAGACUGGGAGGGAGGACAAUUCAACAAGUCACACUGAAAGGUGGCUUCCCCUCUUCAGCGAGCACUAUUCUGAGGAUGAGUUCCAUCCCUUCAUCGAGGCCCUGCUGCCCCACGUCCGUGCCUUCGCCUACACCUGGUUCAACCUGCAGGCCCGCAAGCGCAAGUACUUCAAGAAGCACGAGAAGCGCAUGUCCAAGGAGGAAGAGCGUGCGGUCAAGGACGAGCUGCUGGGCGAGAAGCCCGAGAUCAAGCAGAAGUGGGCGUCGCGCCUGCUGGCCAAGCUGCGCAAGGACAUCCGGCCCGAGUUCCGCGAGGACUUUGUGCUCACCAUCACGGGCAAGAAGGCCCCGUGCUGCGUGCUGUCCAACCCCGACCAGAAGGGCAAGAUCCGGCGUAUCGACUGCCUGCGGCAGGCAGACAAGGUGUGGCGGCUGGACCUGGUGAUGGUGAUCCUGUUCAAGGGCAGCCCUCUGGAGAGCACGGACGGAGAACGGCUGGUCAAGUCGCCCCAGUGCUCCAACCACGGCCUGUGCGUCCAGCCCCAUCACAUCGGGGUGUCGGUGAAGGAGCUGGACCUCUACCUGGCCUACUUCGUCCACACGCCAGAAUCCGGACAAUCAGACAGCUCCAGCCAACAGGGCGAAACAGACAUCAAACCCCCGCCAAAUGGUCACCUGAGUUUCCAGGACUGCUUUGUGACUUCAGGGGUGUGGAACGUAGCAGAGCUGGUCAGAGUCUCACAGACUCCGGUUGCUACGGCGUCAGGUCCUAAUUUCUCAUUGGCUGACCUGGACAGCAGUCCUGGCUACUACAACAUCAACCAGGUUGCCCUUGGGCGCCGCUCCCUGGCCUCGCCACCGUCUACCAGGUCUGAGGUGGAGUUGUAUGCCAACCUUCCACGGAGCUCGACCAAGAGGAAGUCCCUAGACGACAGCGAGCUGGAGAGCCCCACGGACGAGGUGUUCUACCCCGGCCGCUCGCCCGCCGCCGGCUCCUCCCAGUCCAGUGGCUGGCCCAACGACAUGGACGCAGUUCAGCACCACUUGGCCAGUGUGCACGAGAGGAAGAUUAAACAUGAAAAUGAUGGCGUGCAGUUUCCUUACCAUGGACUGUCCUCGCCUGGUUCUCUUAAGAAGCCGGUGAAGUUUGAUUUCAACGCCGUGUCUUCCCAGACGAGGUCCCCCCGCAUGGCGUUCACACACCACCCGCUGCCCGUGCUGGCAGGAGUGAGACCAGGGAGCCCCCGGGCCUCAGCCUCCGCCCUCCACUUCCCCUCCUCCUCCAUCAUCCAGCAGUCCAGCCCCUACUUCUCCACCCACCCGACCAUCCGAUACCACCACCACCAGGACCCGCUCAAGGAGUUUGUGCAGUUCGUCUGCACCGACGGUGGUGGCCAGGCUGGUGCACAGCCUAACGGCGGUGGCCAGGGCAAAAUGGCCGGCUCCUUCCUGCUGCCCCCGCCGCCCCCCGUGGCGCGCCCCGUGCCCCUCCCCAUGCCCGACUCUAAAUCCAUCAGCACGCCCCCUGACGGCGGACUCAGCUCACCCACGUCUUCGUCAUACUCAACGCCAGGCUCCACAGCUCCCAACCGGUUUGUCGGCAUCGGAGCACGGGACAACUUUCUGAAUAUCCCCCAGCAGAGUCAGUCUUGGUUCCUCUGACAUGGACUCUCAGAAUAAACAACAGCUCAACAAAUUCUUAUAAUAAUUGGAAUCUGGAAAAAUCGCAUCUUUACAUCCAUGCUGAAAACAAGGAUAAACGGACUGCUGACACAAAAAAAUGCUCUUUCUCUCUCACCGACACUACUCAAACUUCAACCAUCCACGCCGGGAGGCCAUCCAUUCCCGAGCUAAGGGGACAUCCAACUCAACACACUAUCUGACACCAAUGUGUCAUUCCCACUUUUCUCUGCAGGAGGCUUAUGUGAGAUUGAGUGGCCAGGAUGAGGAAGAGAAGGAGGCGUCUCUCACACACCGUAAACGAAACAUCGCAAAGAAAGCGAAAAACACAACACAACAUAACACAGCAACCCAACAAAUGACCAAUUAUUCCAAUAAUUGUUUUUUUAUUUUUAUUUUUUUUAUUAUGCUUUUGUUUUCUUGACAAUGAAACUCUGUGCAUUGGCUGGGAGAUCCAAGUACACACACACUCAACAAAAUCAAGAUAGAUAGAUAAUGGUGCAGUUGGACAUUGUAGUUUAAAGGGUUUGAGUUCGAAAUUGCCACAACCACCCUGAUGCAUUCGUCCAAGCAACUGUCCAAUCCCAAGGUGUAUGACACCUUCCCCCAUCACCGUUACACCUGCACACCUGUAGCACCACGCUGGCCAGGGGCUCCACCACCACACCAUGCCUGUCUGUCACCACACUCAGCCGCUUGAUUCGCUCCCAUCUGUGCCCCGCCCACCUAAGCCCAACCUGCACAUUUCUUCUGAUUGGCCAAUAACAGUGACACCAUCCAAUGGUGUGACACAUGCACUAAGUGGCUGGUCUUUUGUUUACCCGUCGAAAAAAGUGAUCACAGCGUAUUGCUGGCAGAGUGGACAGCCACACGCCAAAACGUGAACACACACAUUAGUCAUAACACUAACAUCAUCAUGUGCUUGUUCCUCCCCUCACCUAUGCACUAUUGAUUUGAAUAAGGGAUGAAUUGCAUUGCACAUGAAUGCUAAGACACAGGCGACAGCAGUGGUCUGCAGGGGUGCAGCUCGCUGUAUCUGACACCCUAAAAAAAUGAAACAUAGAACUACAAAAAAGGUUUAUGGGCAGACACAGGUGUUCACACAAACACACACACACACACACACACACACACUACAAUAGCCACACACAACAAAACAAAAUGUUACCUUCACAGUCGUCGGUCACACAAUCACAAUCACUCAUAAUAUCUUGUUAUUUUCCUAGGCAUGGAUUUAGAUCCACAGUGACGCUCACACACAGCGUGAGCGUCUGCGUUUUCUUUUGUUUGGAGGUGUUUUCUUGCAUUUCUUUUUGUUUGCCUUGAUUGGUUUUUGGUUUUGUCUCACUUGGAUUCACUUAUGUUUUAAACCUUCUCUUGCAUGUCAUAACAUUUUCUUUUUUGGGCUUUAUUUUGCAGUACCACAAUUAUUUGUUGCUUGGAUUUCAUCCAGCACAACAUCAAACAGCAGUCUCUGAAAUCUCACCAACGACAACACAGUAGCUACACUUAACUCCGUAUGUCCCUUGCAUUGCUUUACUCAUUGUCACCCAUUGUCGACUUUCUGUAAAAGGCAUCAAACACGCACACACACACGUACACACACAGACAGACACACGAGCACACUUAUAUAAUGCACUAACCUGGCUGACACAUUGAUUCAAUGAUAAAGGGAAGCCUUUAUUGCCUAUUUGGAAAUCUCCAAAUUGCCUUUGUUAAUGGAUUUUCAUUCGCCUGAGAUUUGCCAUUUUCAACUUGAGUUGUGUUUUUAAUUUUGUUUCCUAUGUUAAUUUUACAACAUACACAUUGCCAGAAUCUUCUUUUUUUUUUUGCCAUGAUAAAAUAUCAAACCAAAAUAAUAACAACAACAUCGCAAAAUAACUGGACUGCUUCGACGUCAGGAAAAAUUCAGAAACAAAUCUAUCCAGACCAGACCUACUGAAGUGCCUCCUCCUACUUUCAGGCAAUUAGUAAUAAACUCCAGACAGCAGAUUUGAUUCCUAUUCAUCAAAUAUGGCUAAAGCAAUGGUAGGUUUGUUGCAUAUUGUAGCAUUAAUUGGCAGAGGACAGAUCUGUAUGGAGAAAUUUCCGUUCGAGUACUGCAAAACAAUAUAGAAUUUAUUUUUUCAAUCCAUAAACUUGAGAGUGAUCUUAUGUAUUGUACUUUUCAAAUUGUACAAAAUGAGGUCAUUGGCAGUCUAGUUAUUUUCUGAACCCCGGGCCCCCUUCUUCACCAGCGGCGUCACAACUCAACCCCAGUAACACCAUUGUACUGGCACCAGUAAGAUUCAAAGAGAACACACCCACACACCCACGCGACACCUGCAGCAUCCUAAUAGCGAAAGGAACAUGUCAAAGAUCGACAGUAAAUUUGAAGAAAAAAAAGUGUUGUUUUUUUUGAUGGAAAGUAUUAUUAUUGAAAAUGAUGUGUCGAUUGAGCCACGUGCAAUGCAUUGGGUAGAUCAUUGUGUUUGUCUGUUAGAGAUUUUUAAGAAAGCUUAGAAAAAAAAGUGGAAAAAAAAUUAUAUUUGUUUCAAGUCCGUAAGCUCCUGGACUCUAAACUUGGGCCAUGAAAAAUCCUAGUCUUUGUAAGGUUUUUUUUUUGGUUUUUAUUUCUUUUGUCUCUUUUUUAAUGUUUAAUGUGUAAUCAUUUGUUUAUAAAAAUGUGGGAGGUCUGAAGGAAAGAUUUCUACCCGACAUCAAAAAGAAUCAUAUAUCACAAGAUUAAACUGGUGCUUUUACACUAUAAAGUACAGUAAAAUCUAUUAUAAAUGAAUGGUAAGGAACAAAAUACAAACAUAGCAUUUAGGAUACAGUUAUAUUCCUCUCUCCACCUGUAUUCCUCUUUUAUUUGUAUUGACUCGGGGGGAGGGGGUACUUUACCUUAAGGUUGUGACACAAAAGGCCUUUUGGUGCAACCUUCCAAUAACAGAAGAACAACAACAAAAUAACUACAAUUAUCGAUUCUGAAAAGCCCCUGUCAAAAACAGCCCCGAUAUAAAACAGCCAUUUUUUUUCUAAGAAACCCCACAAAAGUCCCCAGCGUCUCAGUUAACUUCUAUUCAUUUGAUUUCACGUAACAAGGUCUUCCCGAUACUUUGGGAGACGCUGCAUUACCCAGUCUUCAGUUUCUUUCGUUAUGGAAGUCUUAAUUGGUUUCUGAGACAAGUGAGAGGACAUAUAGCAUAGCAGCUUCCGGCGUUUGGAAGACCCACCAGCAUUAGUUCACUCUUAACAUGUUUUACUGAAUGGGAGAAGAACAAAAAAAAAAAAGCAGUUAUACCAGGACCCGGUCUGAACCAUUUAGUGUAAAAGAACCAGCGAGUUGAGCCUGCCCCCCCCCCCCCCCCCCUUUCCUGCCCCCCCCACCCCCACCCCUCUGUAAAUGACUCUUGAGUAGUGCUUGUGCUGUAGUGUAUAGUUUCCCAGCAGUUAAAGGUUGUCCCUUGAAAGUGCCUUUUGUUCACAGACUCCAUUUUGUAAUCCAGAUCACCCUUGGAGAUGGCUGGAGGUCUGCAGGUUGGCCCCUGAGUGCAUUCAGGGGGGCUCCAUGAGGCCCCCUGUGAGUGGACUCUGGGGCCACUUUUUUCUCCUCGACCUUCGAAAAGAUGAAAAAAAAAUAACCCUCCAUUGUACCUCCCCUUCUUCUUCCUUUUCAAAGCCGUAUAUAUAUAGUACAAAAGGAAUCUGGUGUGAAUUAGUUCUUUACUUUUUAUUGAUAAAUGAUAAGAAAAAAAAUGAAAAGGCAAAAAAAUGUGUUCUCGUUCCGCUCUUCGCUUUAUUUUAUUUUUUCCUACCCUGUCUCCUCUGUUUCUCUCUUAGACACUGGAGUAGUCUGUAAAUGUGUGUCUGUUGCUCUGUCUCUCUCUCUCUCUCUCUCUCUCUCUCUCUCUCUCUCUCUCUCUCUCUCUCUCUCUCUCUCUCUCUCUCUCUCUCUCUCUAGCUCUCUCUCUCUCUAGCUCUCUCUAUCCCUCUCCCACCCUCUCCAUUAUCGGAAGGGUUUGAAAAAAAAAAUAAUUGCAGAAAAAAAAAGUACUUUUGUCUGAGCAGAAUGCAGUUAGCUCACAUGUUAUUCUUGUCUGUACGCUUCUCAUUGUAUUACCAUACCCAUCUCUAGCUUCUCCAUUCAACCGCUAAUGUAAGUGAACAAAUUAUGCUGAUGGGCUCUUGGGUGGGGGGGUGUGGGGUGGUCCCCAAACAGGCGAGACGGGGUCACCAAGCAGGGGCUCGCAGGGAUGGAAUAAUGGGGGGCCGUGAUUAGUCGGAACGGGGCUGCUCUGACACGAUGAGUGUUUAGGCUUUUGUUAAAUUCUUUUUGAUCUAUUUAUAUUAGGGGUAUUAUUUUGUUUAUUUUUUUUGUUUUACCAACCCCUAGUCAUUUCAAUUGGGAUUUCCUGUAAUGUUUCUAUCAGGGUAUGCUGUUUAGUGCUUUCUCUGAGAAAGCCUUGAACUGUAAAGCUACAAGCACCUUACUACCGGACCCCCCGUGAGGCUGAGGGGCUCAGCAAGCAUCUCCAGCAUAGUAAUACAUCUGAUCCUAUCGUUGUGUUGUUGUUUUAGCGAUGGAUUUUAUAUGAUAGAACCAUCAGCAGUAUUAACCAUUCACCAACUCUACAAUACAAACCAAUUACAAAGACAAGUAAAUAAAGAGGGCCUGAUUCCUGGGGACAGCUCUCCGACCCUCAGAGCUUCCAGAGAAGCGUCCUUUCAGCCUCACGCCGGGCCUCUGGCUCUCUCUUCUGUUAUUGCUAUUUUAUUGUUUUGUUUUUAAGUAUAAGUUUGGUUAGGGGUAUAAUUAGAUGCAGCACCCUUGCCCUUUGACUUCCCCGUUGCUCUCUAGUGCCCCUGUCUUUGCCCACCAUGCAAAGCCCAACCCCCCGGCCCCUCCCACCCUGUCUCUUCUGGGACCACACCCCCCCUCCCAGGGGCCCUAAGUGAAAUGCAUGUGUUAUAUUAAAGUUUCUUUCCCAUAAGAAGAAAAACAGUUUGACAAGGACAGAGCCUGAUUUAAUUAAAGGAUGUUCUUAACUGUA